AUGCAGAAAAUGAAGAACCUUGGAAGUAUUGGAAGCAGUGGAAGGUUUUCAACAGAAGAGGGUGAAGAUGAGGAUAUUUCAAAACUGGCCAUUUCCACAUUUCAAGCUAAGGAAGAAGAGAUUGAGAAGAGAAAGAUGGAGGUGAAAGAGAGAGUUGAACUUCAACUUGGACGCGCCGAGGAAGAGACGAGGCGCUUGGCACACAUUUGGGAAGAGCUUGAAGUGAUGGAAGAUCCUAUGAAGAAGGAAGUUGCAAUGAUACGUAAAAAGAUUGAUUUGGCUAACAAAGAUUUAAAGCAACUCGGACAGAACUACCAGAAAAAGGAGAAAGAGUAUAAAGAAAUCUUGGAAGCUUUUAAUGAAAAGAACAAAGAGAAGACUAAUUUGGUAGUAACACUAACUGAGCUGCUGACUGAGAGUGAAAAAAUGAGGUUGAAGAAACUGGAGGAGCUAUGCAAGACAAUAGAGUCUGUGUCACUAAAACAAUAA